UGGGGCCCACCGGUCAGCCUCCGCUGUCCACCGCGCACCCCCAGCUCCCGCGGCCCGGCCUCUAUAGAGAGAGCAGCAGCAGCAGCAGCAGCUCUAGAGAGAGAGAUGGGGGAGGAGAGGAAGGGAGGGGGACGGGAGGAGGAGGAGGCUGUCGCGGCGGCGCGCGCGGCGGAGCAGGCGCGGGAGCUGCAGGACGCGGCGGCGGCGCUGCUGUCGCGGACGCGGGCGGAGGAGGAGGCGCUGCGCCUCCGCGCCGCCGCGCUCGAGGCGGAGCUCCGGCGGCUCCGCAAGGCGGCCGCCGCGCACGCAGACAGCGACAAGGUUGAGGAGGACUUGGAUCGAGCAACCUGCCUCAUAAGCGACGGUGACAUCGCGUCACUGCUCCCAAGCAAAACACAUGGUGCUUUUCUCAAGUUGUUCUUGGGCCCUGUGAAUCUGCGGGCAACAAGGAAGGAGGUGCAGCUCAAGGUGAAGGAGGAGUACAAUAGCUACAGGGAUAGAACUGCCUUACUGUUUCUUGGCUUUCCAGUGAUUCUGUUGUUUCUUCGAUCAUGGUUAUGGAAUGGGUGCUUUCCAGCAUUGCCAGUUCAGCUAUACCAGGCUUGGUUACUAUUCCUGUAUACCACUUUAGCUUUGCGCGAGAACAUAUUGCGAGUUAAUGGAAGUGAUAUCCGUCCUUGGUGGAUACUCCAUCACUAUUGUGCCAUGCUGAUGGCUCUUAUAAGUCUCACAUGGGAGAUAAAGGGACAACCUAAUUGUGCACGUAAACAGAGAGGUGUGGAACUUUUUCUGUGCUGGGCCAUAGUGCAAGGAUUUGCCAUGAUGUUGCAGAACAGAUAUCAGCGCCAAAGAUUAUAUACUAGGAUUGCUUUGGGGAAGGCUAAAAGAAUGGAUGUCGUAUGGGGAGAGACUGCUGGUGUUGAAGGUCAAUUGCUGCUGUUGUGUCCUCUCCUUUUUCUCUUGCAGGGUUUUGAGGGUUAUGUUGGGUUUUUACUUCUCCGUAUAGCUACUACAGGCGUCAUCCCUGAGUGGCAGGUUGUGGUCUGCGGGGUCCUGCUGAUUGCAAUGGCGAUUGGUAACUUUGCAUACACAGUGGACACCUUGAUGGUUAAGUCCAGGUUCAAAGCAAAGAUGAAGAAAUCAAAGAAUAAACGGGAUCUUGACACAUGCACCUCACCAACAGGUUCAACGCUGACAGAUUCAACAGCGAGAGCAUGAAAAGGACGAGGAAAAGUUCCCCAUCCUAUGAACAUUGCCCGUGUUGAACCCCCAGGCUUAUUACCGUUGUAAAGCAUUAGUUUUUUUGGCAACCAGCUUCUCAUCCUGACCAUCUCUGUCAAAGCUCGCACUCGUGUAAUCAUCAAACAACUAGGUUGCUGAUGGUCUCAGGUUGAGGGUAAUCAAGAAUAAACUGUUGGUAUUUGUUUAUACUUAUAUUCAAAACAUCGAGUGGGCUAGAUGAACUUAGGACUGUAAGAUUUAGUGAAAUUUUCCUAGUAUAGUUAUUGUGACUUACAUUAUCAAAAUCAAACAUGUGAAUUUGUAUACAAGCUGUGUGACCUUGUUUAA